GCUCUCAAAUGAAUCCAAGUGAAUCUUCAAAUCAGCAACUGAAGAAAGAGGAAAGAGAUCCUGGAGGGAAAAAAACUAAUCUGGAUUAUCAACAAUACAUUUUCAUCAACCAAAUGUGUUACCAUGUGGCGCUACCUUGGUACUCCAAGUAUUUUCCUUACCUUGCUCUGAUCCAUACAAUUAUAUUAAUGGUUAGUAGCAAUUUCUGGUUUAAGUAUCCAAAGACCUGCUCAAAAAUUGAACACUUUGUAUCGAUACUUGGCAAGUGCUUUGAAUCCCCAUGGACAACAAAAGCACUGUCCGAGACAGCAUGUGAGGAUUCUGAAGAGAAUAAACAGAGACUUACUGGUGCACAGUCCUUCCGUAAGCACCUCUCCAACAGCAGUGAAGAUGGAAGUCCAAGCCCUAGUACUCCAAUGAUCAGUAAGUCUGGACUUAAGUUCUCAGCUGACAAGCCUGUUGUUGAGUUUCCAAGUAUGACUAUUCUAGAUAAAAAGGAUGGCGAACAGGCAAAAGCCCUUUUUGAAAAGGUUAGAAAAUUCCGUACCCAUGUAGAAGACAGCGACUUGAUUUAUAAACUUUAUGUUGUCCAAACGGUUAUCAAGACUGUGAAGUUCAUUUUUAUUCUGUGCUACACCUUAACAUUUGUGACCGCCAUAAGCUUUAAACACAUCUGUAUUCCUAAAGUGGAACAUCUUACAGGUUAUCAGGAAUUUGAGUGCACACAUAAUAUGGCCUUUAUGUUGAAGAAGCUCCUAAUAAGUUAUAUUGCUCUGAUUUGUGUUUAUGGACUUGUUUGCUUGUAUACAUUGUUUUGGCUUUUCAGGAGGCCACUAAAAGAAUACUCAUUUGAAAAAGUGAGAGAGGAAAGCAGCUUCAGUGAUAUUCCUGAUGUAAAAAAUGACUUUGCAUUCCUUUUACACAUGGUUGACCAGUAUGAUCAGCUGUAUUCUAAGCGGUUUGGUGUAUUCUUGUCUGAGGUCAGUGAAAACAAAUUGCGAGAAAUUAGCUUGAAUCACGAAUGGACUUUUGAAAAACUGCGGCAGCAUAUCUCGCGAAAUGCUCAGGAUAAACAGGAACUGCAUCUAUUCAUGCUUUCUGGAGUUCCAGAUGCAGUUUUUGAACUUACUGACCUAGAAGUCCUAAAACUUGAGCUGAUUCCAGAAGCUAAAAUCCCAGCCAAAAUCUCUCAAAUGACUGCCCUUCAGGAGCUCCAUCUUUAUCACUGCCCAGCAAAGGUGGAACAAACUGCUUUUAGUUUUCUCAGAGACAACUUAAAGUGCCUUCAUGUGAAAUUUACUGAUGUAGCCGAAAUACCUGCAUGGGUCUACUUACUGAAGAAUCUACGUGAGUUAUACUUGAUGGGAAAUUUAAAUUCUGAAAACAAUAAAAUGAUUGGGCUUGAAUCUUUGAGAGAGUUGCGACAUUUAAAGAUUCUUUAUGUAAAGAGCAACUUAUCCAAAAUUCCAUCUAACAUAACUGAUGUUGCUCCACAUUUAACCAAAUUAGUCAUUCAUAAUGAUGGCACCAAACUUGUUGUACUGAAUAGCCUUAAGAAGAUGAUGAACAUUGCAGAACUAGAACUCUAUCAUUGUGAAUUGGAAAGAAUACCCCACGCUAUAUUCAGUCUCACCAACUUACAAGAAUUGGACCUGAAGUCAAACAGCAUACGUACCAUUGAAGAAGUCAUUAGUUUCCAACACUUGAAGAGAUUGACUUGCUUAAAGUUAUGGCACAAUAAAAUUGUGAACAUUCCUCAAUCCAUCUCACAGGUUAAGAACUUGGAAGCUCUUUAUUUAUCCAAUAAUAAACUUGAAGCCUUACCGGGGGCACUUUUCACUUUACUGAAAUUAAGGUAUUUGGAUGUUGGCCACAAUUAUAUCUCUAUGGUACCCCCUGAAAUUGGACUGCUACAAAACCUUCAGCACUUGUACAUCACUGGGAAUAAAGUGGAUACUUUGCCAAAGACCUUGUUCAAAUGUGUUAAAUUAAGAACUUUGUGCUUGGGACAGAACUGUAUAACUGCUGUGCCCGAAAAGAUUGGACAUCUCGUUCAACUCACUCAUCUGGAGUUAAAGGGAAAUUGUUUAGAUCGCCUUCCCUUUCAAAUCAUUCAAUGUCGCCUUCUUAAAAGAAAUGGACUGAUUGUGGAAGAUCAUCUGUUUGAUGGUUUGCCUUCUGAAGUGAAAGAAUCACUGGAACAAGAUAUCUCAUUUGCUAAUGGGAUAUAAAGAAAAUAUCUGUAGAGUUGAAAACCACAUUAACCAUUAUAUUAUUGUGUGAAAGGCCUAGAAAGGAAUUUUGAUCUUGGCUAACAAAUACAUUGCACUAUUUGGUUUUAUCCAAUAAGGGAAAUAUUUUUCCUCUCUAAAGGGGCACUGUAACUACUACAGCACACUGUAGUUCCUAUGGUUGAUAGUCUUUGGGUGGCAUUCCUUUGUCCUUUUGUGAAACCGUUUUGAAGAAUUUGACAAAAAUUAUGGUUUUUCCCAGCACCCAAAUCAGAGCCUCUUAGCCACAAACAAAUUCCACUUAUAUAUGAUCUGUCUAAAGCUUAGCUGCAUCUAGCACUCAUAGUUAUUGUUGCCACACAAGAAGGGAUAGAUUUGGUUAGACUUGUGCAAAAAUGUGGUUAGUUUGUAAACAAAUCGAUUCAUGCGAAUCAAAAGCCUUUUAAUACACAACCGAUUUAUUUGAUUUGUCGAGAAAAUAUUUUUUUUCCUGAAUGGAUCAAUUUGUUUGGGUGUGGGUUAAAAUGAUUUUGAUUCAUACAAAUCAAUUUUUAUGUGGACAAAAAACAAUUUUGGCACAAUUCUAGAUUUGGACACAAUAUAUAAAUAAAAAAAUGGACAGCUUGCAUGCGGUUGAGGAGCUGAACUUCAGGUGCUGGAAGAAAAAAAUACAUAUGUGUUGGCCUACACAAUACUGAAAAGAUGUUUGCUUAGUUUAUAUUUAAAAAAAUAAUAAUAAAAAAUUAUGCUUUUAAUAUAACCAAAAAAAAAAUAAAAAUUGAAUUUAACCCUUGCCAUGACUUGCUCUUGCUACUUGUUUGUAAGUCAAUAAUAAUAAUUAUUAUAAAUAACCUUGGUAAAACUACAGAUUCAUUAGUUCUUUUAUUUUUGUUCACACUGUCAACUAGUUUCUUCCAUCCACCAGGACAAUUUGUCCUAAUCACAAAUACAUACCUGUGCUUGAUGUAUCUAUAUUGUGUUUAGCCCAACAAUGUCAUGGGUGUAUAUUAUUUUUAUGUAAAAACAUAAAAGGAGUUUGGGAGGAUACAGGGAGUUACAUUUUCUAACAUUUCAUUCUAUGUGAAAGCUCAAAUAGAGAACGUGUCUUUCAUUUCAAUGAUCUUGGCUGAAGACUGCUAGAAACAGCCACUUGAUUUAAAAUGCUAUAUGCUGAUAUGUAAAGGCUUGGUGUCAAAAAGGUCUAAAGCAAAUCACAUUGCACUUAAGUUUGCAGCAUUAAUGCAGACAAAUUCUGCAGUAUUGGACAGUCUUUUGCUUUACAAUGCAUAAACAAAUAGUUGCAUUUCAAAGAAAGAUUUCUUAUCUUAAAGGGACACUAUAGCUUUAUGAAUGCAAACAUGUUAAUGUUUGUAUUCCUAAUGCUGUAGUAUUCUAUUGAUUAUUCAGACUCCGCUACCCCUUCACCCUGCAUGAAUUAAAGAAAAAAGAAAAUACUUUUACUUAAUUCUCCCAGCGUGUCUGUCUCCAUGUGGUCACCUCCUCCCCCAGGCGUAGAUCAUCUCAGCUAAUCCAGUACUUCCCCACAGCGAAGCAUUGUGAGACUUGUACACAUGAGUGGCAAGUCACAGGGCUGCCCCAAUCAGCAUUUCCUACUAGAGAUGCCUUUACUCAAUGCAUCUUUAUGCGGAGUGUUAAACAUCUCCAUGCAGAACAUGGAUUCACUGGUUCUGCAAUCUUGACAGGACCGUACCCAGGAAGUCGCUCUCAUGACUGUUGGAGUAACAAACACAAGAGGUGGCCUUAGGCAGCAAUGUAAAAACUGACUUUUCUCAGAAAAGGGUGUGUUACCACUGCUCAGCUUGCAGGGACAUGCUCUAUGCCCCAGAACCACUACAUUAAGCAGUAGUGGUUCUGCUGGCUCACUGCCUAUAGUGUCCCUUUAACGAAAAUUACCCAGGUUAAAACUGGGACUUCUCAUUACUUAGAGAAUGAGUUAAUAAACACAUUAAGAUUUUUUUUUUUUUAAUCAUUCUUUAUUGAGACUAUAUACAUGUAAUAAUAUUACUUAUCACUGUUUUCUGUGACGAAUAGUAUCUUUUUUGCUGAUUUUUCUCCAGACACGGAAUUAUUUAGUGCCAGAUCUCCAGAUCUUAACUUAAAGGUUGUAGUAUAUUUAUUCAUUUUAUAUAUGUAGUUAACAAAUUAGUAGUAGAAAAUAUUGCAGGUGAAAAAAGAGCUUAGGCUUCACUUCAAACUAUGGAGAGGACCAGCUGUCAAGAACUGUUUUGUCUCUAGGUUGCAAGUUUAUGUCGACUUCUAUUUUGAUUGCUUUGUCAAUGCUCAAGCUUUUGUUAAUAAAAUGAAAAUCCUAAAAUGUCUCUCUCCCUUAUUGAUAACAUAUCAAGAAAAAAAUACAAAUGUAUGUUGGCACUUAAACCUGUAACUGGGGCAGGUAUCGAGGUUACCCACCUACAAUAACCUCAGAUGAAAUAUACACUAGAUAUUGAUACCACGCACCAAAAUUUGAUGCUGAGAAAAUUAAGGAAAAUUUUAAUUCAUGUUCUGUACAAGGUAAUUAAUUAGUGCAUCAUUUCAAUCAAUACUACAAUCUAGAAAAGAAAAUUAAUAUACUGUACAUCAAUAUUUACAAAUCAAUCCAAAUACAUAUAAUGUACACUAAUUAUAGCAUUGAACUAGAUUCAUAUACAAAAAGUGUCCCUCCAAUGUCUGUGAAUCAGAAAAAUGAUGAAGAAAUUCAUUGAAAUAAUUAAUUCAAAAAUACAUUGAAAAAAUUAAUUGUCAGAAAAGCAGGAAAAAAAAAACAAAGAGGAAAAAAAUAGAAAAAAGCAAAAAAAAGCAAGUCUCUGUAUAAAAUGUUCUUUGAGUGCUCAAAUGUAUAAAACAAAAAAAAACUUAGAAAAAAAAUGAAAAAUGCUGGGGGGCGGAGCCUGACUGUUGAAGUGGAUAGUCACUUGCUGCCUGAGCUCUGGGCCGAAGACCAGUUGAAAGCAACCAAUCGGAGAGUUAUAAGUCAAAUUACACAGCGUGGGAAAAUUCCAAAGAACUUUCCCACGCUGUGUAAAAUGACACCGAGCACUCUGAUGGUUGGAUUUCAAGCCAUCCAAUCAGAGUGCUGUGACAGGUAAAUGUAGAGACUUACCAGUCAGUCUCUUCAUUUACCUGUCAGAGCACUCUGAUUGGUUGGCUUAAACCAACCAAUCAGAGUGCUCUGAGCCUAAUUGCAGGGCGGGGAAAGGCUUUAUAAGCCUUUAUCCGCCCUGGGGAGCUUAGUCUACGCGGUGCCCUCCAUGGGUAAAGAUCGAUUAUUUUUAGCGUUGGGUUUAUUUUUUUGUCUGAUAUUUGUUUUGGGGUGCUCGUUUAUUUUUUUAGUAUUUUUUUUAAAGUGCGACGGGUAUUAUGGUUUUUUAUUUGGCCUUUUUUAGGGCUGAAAAAAUAAUAUUUUAGAAAAAUGAAGACAUCAAAUGGUAAGUUUUUUUUCUUUUUUUACAAGUACUUAGUUAUUGUUCCCCUCUCACUAUUUUUAGGGUGAGGAGGGUAGGUAGGGGUUUAUUAAUUUUUUGGGGAGGGUGGUGACUAGCGGUUUGGGGACCCCUUGUCAUCUGGGGGUGGGUAACAUUUUUAUUUAGGGCCCCCACCUGCCGGUAAGGGGUGGGGGCCAAGGGGGAGGGCAAUAGGUCCCCCCCUUAUUCUACUUUAGGGCCCCCACCUGAUGUUUAGGGGUGGGGUCUGGGACACACACGAUAGGUUCCCCCAUUGUCAUCCAGGGCCCCAACCCGCCGCUCAGGGGUGGAGGCCGGGGGGCAAUAGGUCCCCCCUUCAGUUUAAAAGCCUCCACUCCCGUGGCACGGUUGGGGGCUCGAGAGGAGGGCACUUGGGGUUUACUAGACAUACCCCUACUCGCAGUAUAGUGAGUAGGGGCAGAAUUUACUAGUAUUAAGUACAUUUUUAUUAGUAUUAGUAAAUUUGGCUGAAAGACCAAUUUAGGUCUUUCAGCCUUUUGGUAGAUAGCUCCCUAAUACCGUGGAAAUUAGGGAGUUAUCUACUUACUCAUUCCCAUCAAUUGACUGGCUAAGUAACUUUCAUUUUAUAUGCACGUGUUACUUGAUUGUUGUAAGUGUUGCAAAUGCUGACAGCUGAAUCCUAGCUGUAUGUGUAUACUUUUUAUUUAUACUGGUAUACAGUGUAACAUUCUUCAUUCUUCCACUGGGUAUAUUAGUACUUUGGCAAUUCUGUGCUUCGGCUAUUCUGCAAAUCCAAAAUUUGGCUAUUCAGACAUUCGGCGGACUUCGUCAGUUCGGUUCGGCACUUCGGAAAUUCAGCUAUUCGGACACUCGGGAAUAUAUGAAUGUCCGAAAUGCCCGAAAUCUGUCCGAAUUCACAUUCGGAACGAAAUGAAUUGCACAUGUCUACUAUUUUGCAAUUAUAGUGUGGACUGUGAUAGGAGGUAUCUCAGCAUAUCUACUUAACAGUGAUUUAUUUUUAUGCAGACAGGAUACAGGACAUAUGUUUUUCAAUGAAUGUGUUCAAUGUAUUUUUGAAUUAAUUAUUUCAAUGAAUUUCUUCAUAAUUUUUCUGAUUCACAGACAUUGGAGGGACAUUUUUGGAUAUGAAUCUAGUUCAUUGCUGUAAUUAGUGUACAUAAUAUGUAUUUGGAUUUCUUUGUAAAUAUAGAUAUACAGUAUAUUAAUUUUCUUUUCUAGAUUGUAAUAUUGAAGUGAUGCACUAAUGUAUUACCUUUUACAGAACAUGAAUUAAAACCUUCUUUGAUUUUCUUAGCAUUAAAUUUUGGUGUGUAGUUCAAUAUUUUCUAUUUAACAUAUCAAGAAACCUGUUGGUGUACCAAAUCAUUAAGUCUAAUGGUUUCUUCUUGUUUUGUCUUCAUAUUAAAUAAAUAUCAGCACUUACAUCUGCCUGUACAAAACAGCAAAUCGCCAUGAGUGGCCAUUAAAUCAUCCCACUGGGUUCUUCUAUAGAUAAGAGUAAAUAUACAAACACUCCAAAAUUCAUCUCCAUGGCAGCUUUAGCAAGUAAUCCAUGACUCAGCCCAAGUUAAAACUAUCACUUUAUUGUUGUGACUUAAAUCUUCAAUCACGGAGACCAAAGAUAGCAUGACAGAGACCACUGACACCUCCUUACAUAUUUUGUCUGGAGCUACUCAUAGGAUCGUUAGUGUUUAAGCUUCACUCAGAACUCACAUUAACUUCACCAAGUCAUGGAUUACUUGCUAAAGCUUUUUGUGUAGCUGUAUUUUGGCGUGUUAUAUUUCCUUCAAACAAAUGGGUUACAAAGAGGGAUUGAUGCUGAAAUCUGUGUACGGUGACAUUGAAAAUCUCUUAUUAGCUCCAAGUUAUGUUUCAGACUUCCUGUGGGCCACUCAGUUAUUGGCAAGGUACCUGCUUGCUUAUAGAUUGGUUUGUUUAAUGUCUUUAUAUUGAGCUUUCACAUGGGAAACCCUGUUAUGUACAUAUUUUAACAUAUUUUUUUACCUUGCAUAUGGAACAAUCUGUAGGUGAGUAUAAAUUAGUGUAUAGCCUCUUAAGCCCAUAAGACCGAGACAAUUUUUCAACUUCUGAACCAAAAACAAUUUGCGCAAUGUGUUUGUCAUUUUUCUCUUUAAGACCACCCAUAGAUAUCAUAUAUUGUUUUUAAAGCACAGAUAUUGCUUUCCUUUAAAAUCCUCUAUGUAUACCUUACACACAAGUAAAAGGACACUAUAGGCAUCCAGAACAUUUCAUCUCAUUGAAGUAGUCUGGGUGCAGUGUCCCUGUUCCAUUAACCCUGCAAUGCAAAACAUUGCAGUUUUAGAGAAAGAGCAAUGUUUACAUUGCAGCG